AAAGUGAUAGCCGAUAUACCUCGUUAAUCAAAAUAACAUGUCUUGUUGGAAACCCCAAAUGUUCGCUGUUUGAAACGAAAACCAACACUUUUCGCAUUUACUUUUCUAUUGCAAUGCCAAAGGAAACAUUCUUUGGGUGUACUCUGUAUAUAUUCAACACAUAGCAUUCAGCUUUCAUAUAUGUCAUUGCCUCUUAACAGUUGCUUAAAAAAGUAACAAACAUAUGGUACCAAAUGCGACAUCCCUGUAGAAUUUGUUUAUUAUUGAAUCUAGUUAAAAGGAAAGCUAUCUGAAGAGAAUUCACCAUGUCUCGGGAGGAAAAACAAUUGGAUAUGACCUUGGAUGCUGUGCAGAAUCGGCUUAAUGAUUUGAAAAUAUCAAUUGGUGCCAUGGUACAUAAAUUAGAGACAGAAUAUGAAUACAUAAAUUGGCCCACCUUUCUGGAUAAUUUUGCUCUGAUUUCAAGUCAUCUUACUGGCCUUUCUAAAAUCUUAUCGAAAGAAAUAUGCCCGCCCUUACGAAACCGCACCGUCCUACCUUUAAUGCUCUCACCUGAGCGUGAUGAACUUCUGCUUAACAUAACACAGGGACGAGUUCCGGUUUUUUCUCACGACAUUGUUCCAGACUACUUGCGCACCAAACCCGAUCCAGUUGCAGAACAAAAAAUGCUUCAAAAUGAACAAAAAGCAGCGAAUUUGUCAACCGAGGCGGCUUCAAAGCAAGUAACACAACACAAUAAAGUCGUAUCUCAUAUCCUGGAUAUGGUGAGUAAAAAGCGUGAAGAAUGGGAUAUUGAAUCUUCAUCCAGGGCAGGCAUACAACAGACCAGCAGUAUGGCCGAUACACAUGCCUUGGUGGCGGCUGUUGGCAUGGGUAAGGGGUUGAAAAUAGGAAUGCCUCUACAAGUGCCAGGUGGUGGGCCGGCCAGCAUGAUGGUACCACCAGCAAUACGUCCACCUGCCCCCAUGAGCUCUGUUAGCCCAGGAGGAGUGAAUCAAUUGGGCAAAGCUCCUUCGGCUAUUAAGACGAACAUUAAGUCAGCAAUGCAAGUGCAUCCAUUUCAAAGAUAAAAGGUUUCAUCUGGAGUAAAUAAAUCAUGUACCAUAUACCUUAUGGGUUAUACAUUA